CCGAGGCCAGCGGCGGCGAGUGACUACUCGGAGCUGCGACACGUCCCACCCUCCUGGCCCGCCGAAUUCCUGCACUCCAGCCAUGGCUCCCUCGCGGCUCGCGUGGCUGCUGCACCUGGCCGCGUUCUUUCAUCUGUGUACUCUUCUGGCGGGUCAACACCUCGGCAUGACGAAAUGCAACAUCACGUGUAACAAGAUGACCUCCCGAAUCCCCGUGGCUUUGCUCAUCCACUACCAGCCAAACCAGGAGUCCUGCGGCAAGCGUGCCAUUGUCCUGGAGACGAGACAGCACAGACACUUCUGUGCUGACCCAAAGGAGAAAUGGGUCCAAGACGCCAUGAAGCAUCUAGACCACCAGACCGCUGCCCUGACUAAAAAUAGUGGCAAGUUUGAGAAGCGAGUGGACAAUGUGACACCUGGGAUCACCUCAGCCACCAGGGGACUGUCUCCAUCUGCCCUGGAAAAGCCUGAAUCAGCCACAGUAGAAGAAGACCUUACUUUGGAGCCGACUACUAUUUUGCAGGAGGCCCGAAGGCCCAUGGGGACUUCCCAAGAGCCACCAGCAGCAGUGACUGGAUCAUCUCCCUCAACUUCCGAGGGUCAGGAUGCAGGGCUUACCACCAAGCCUCAGAGCACUGGAAGUUUAGAGGUGGCUGCCGUCUCUACCACCAUUUGGCAGAGUUCUGCUGUCUACCAAUCUGGAUCUAGCCUUUGGGCUGAGGAAAAAGCUACUGAGUCCCCCUCCACUACAGCCCUAUCUCCUAAGGUGUCCACCACUUCACAUUCAACCCCAGAGGAGAAUGUUGGGUCUGAAGGCCAGCCCCCAUGGGUCCAGGAACAGGACCACAGUCCAGAGAAGUCUCUAGGGUCUGAGGAGAUAAACCCAAUUCAUACUGAUAUUUUCCAGGACAGGGGACCUGGCGAUACAGUCCACCCCUCAGUGGCCCCCAUCUCCUCUGAAGAGACCCCCAGCCCAGAGCUGGUGGCCUCGGGCAGCCAGGCUCCUAAGGUAGAGGAGCCCAUUCAUGCCACUGCAGAUCCCCAGAAACUGAGCGUACUUAUCACUCCUGUCCCCGACACCCAGGCAGCCACCCGGAGGCAGGCAGUGGGGCUACUGGCCUUUCUUGGUCUACUGUUCUGUCUGGGGGUGGCCAUGUUUGCUUACCAAAGCCUCCAGGGCUGUCCCCGCAAAAUGGCGGGGGAGAUGGUAGAAGGUCUCCGCUACGUCCCCCGUAGCUGUGGCAGUAACUCAUACGUCCUGGUGCCAGUGUGAGCUGCCUGCCUGCCUGCCUGUGUCCAGAGUGUGAUUCAGACAGCUGUCUGGGGACCCUCAUCAUACCCACCUUCAUCCACGCUGGGAAAAUGGGAAUGGAGAAGCUGGAUCCUCCAGGGGCCGUGUGCUCCAACCCCCCUCACCCCCCGCAAGGCGUGGCCCUGGAGGCCACCCUAGACCAUUAUUCAUUCAUCAGAGACAGAGCAGGUGACCUUCCAGCUCUCCUGUAUUUGAAAGAAUCCUCUGCUGCUGGCUGGUUAGAGGGGCCCUUUGACAUCCCAACUCGAGUGAACAAUUAUUUAUUGGAUUCCCAGCCCCUGCGACACCUGCUUCCUAUGUGCACCGUGGUCCACCCAUCUCACAAGCAGCAGGCCAGGCCUAUCUGCCUGUCCCCCUGACCUCCUCGUGUCUCCUGGCUUUGCUGCAGUCGCCAGCCCUUCCUCCUCCCUGGCCAGCUGCGGUGCUAUCUGCCCUGUGUCUCCCUGAUCCCCUGUACAGAGCGCACCACCAUCAACACCGUGUCGUGUCUCUUCUUGCAUGAGGUUAAUGCUGUGUUUUCUGGAGCUCUCUGGGAAGGGAGCCGAGCUUGUGCGAGGGUUGAAAGUGUUCCUCCCCGGACUUUGAUGUGCUGUGAAGGCAUGCUGCAUCUGAAGGAAGGGUCUGGUCCCCACUCAGCUACUGGCACCACAAAGGGCCCCACCUUGUAAAAGAAAAGAAACAUGGCCCAGAGCUGGCAAUAACCUAUGGCCCUGACAUCAUCACUUUCUCUGAGAUCCUUGUCCCCGUUCCUGGAUGCAACCCCCAGCCCUUAUCAACACUAAUAGUCACUGCCAUUCCACUGGACUGACGCUGUUGUACUCUGUGACUCUGAGGGCUGGCAAGGGGUGACGUGAGAGUGCAGAUCCUACCCUGUAGGCCCCCAGAUGGAGGCUGAGUUGGCGACUUGAAGGAACAGAGGCCAACUCAGAAGGCUACACUGGGUGCUCACUAGGCACCCCUCCCCCAUGCACCAAGGUGACAGUCACAGGUCUGCCCUGUCUGAAGAACAAGCCAAAGAGGGAAGAUUAGGAUUAGCCCCUGGGAGGCAGAGGACCCAGGGUAAACCCCUGGAGUGGCCAUACACCUAAUUUCAUUUUAGGGACUUGUGCAUGCUUGUGUUUGCACAGCCCAGACCAUUGAGAGGCUGCCAGAGUCCUUUCCUACAUCUGAGAGCACCGUUCACGCCACGGUCUCACCUUUGCCCCACUGCAGGCUGGGCCAGAAUUCCCAUAACAUUCUCUAAGAGCCCCGUGGAGUUUUCUGGAAGGGAAGGGACUCUGCCCUGGGCACAAAGUGACUACUGAAGCAGGGAGCAGCUGAACAGCACCCCAGCGGGAGCUGAACCGGCAAACCACGCCCCUCGGUGGCAGCUCUCCCCACCCUGAUCUGAAUAGCUCCAACAUCACCUUGAAGGGAAGGGCUUCACCCGGAAAGCCAGUGACUCACUCCUUGAUAGGUGGAAGCUCAGGACAGUUGGCUCUGUCCCAGAGUGAGGAAGCCAGCCCCUUGGUGACCCUCCUCCUGAGAAGCUGGUGGGAGACUCUGAUCAGGCUCCAGUGUAACUAGCUGUAGGCCUGAGGAACAGCAGCCCGAGUGCACUAUAUCCCGGCUCCUCCGGUGGGGAGCCUUCAAGGGUUGGAACACCCAUUGUCGGACUUUGUUGGUUCCUCCCUCCCCCAGAAGAAUGUGGGCCAAGACAGUCUAAGGAGGACUUUGGAAGGAGUUGGUUGAUCCUUUAGUUUUUUCAAGCGUCAUUACCAAUGUCUGUGCCAUUUUGUAUUUUACUAAUAAAAUUUUAAAGUCUUGUGAAUCAAA